UGACAAAUUGAAAUGAUUGAAAUCACUGUGGAAAUCACAAAUAAUGAUUGUUGAAUCACAACAAUAAUUAUUUCAUACUUAAGUCAUCAAUGAUCAGCGAUUUCAAUAUUUAGACACAAUACAAGUAUAUCUUAACAAAUAAAUGUGUAAAUCAAUGAAAAUAAUUUAAAGUUUUUGUAUUGUCGAACAAAACAGCUAUGGGUGAAGUAAUUGAAUUUUGUACUCUACAAUGUCACCAAAACCUAUCAUACAAAUUAUGUGGAAGUGGUUUGAUAUUCUACGUUAAGUCUCGAGGAGGUGCGGCUAUUGGAAUAUCUAAGAACAUGAAUGAGCUCUGUAACUAUUGGGUUUAUAUAGCAAGAGAGGGUAGAACUUGGAUAAAAAGCACUAAUGAUGAUGAUGAAGCAGAAAACUCAAAUAUUGCCUAUACACCAAACAUAUUAUCUCAAAAUGAAUACAAGAAGUUUUGGUUAUUAUGGUCCAAUAACACAUUGAAACUGGGUGUAUUUGAUAAUCCAAAACCACUUGCAACUAAAAUGGAAAUUGACUUGGAUAACAUAAAGUAUCUCACAUGUUCUGGCUUCGGGAAUGUAGUACAUUGGAAAUUGUUGUUGCCACCAGCAAUUGAAAAGCCACUUUCUGUACCAUUGAAGUCGGGGAAAGCUAAGUGGGUGGCAGCUGAUGUACAAUUGCCUGAUGACUCAUUUAUAGGUGGAUAUGAAAAUGAAUUCCUCUAUAUAAUCAGGGCUAAACAUAGAGGCUCACUGACUCCCGGCAAAUUUGUACCAUCCAUGGGCCUUGGUUUCAUAUCUUGGGGUGGUCAGGCACACGAGAAAACUGAAUUUGAUGUACUUUGUGGAUAUGACUUAAGGUGGGUUAAAACAAAGUUUGACAGGAUACCAGUGGAGGCGAUAGAAGCUGGCCGCUCUGAAGGGUCCAACGCUGAAGUCCUUUACGUUGGACGGGUGGAACACCAAGGCCAUUAUAUACCAGGAAAAGUACAACCGUCACAUAAAGUCUGCUAUAUUCCAUAUCUAGGGGAUGAGGUAGGGAUGAGUGAAUUUGAAAUUUUAAUCCAACCCCACUCCAACAAAUACAUAGCUGAUAAAAUUUACCGCCACAUCGAAUUUGAAAUUGCUUCUGAUUCAUAUUCUGAUGAAGACGUCGAUUUGUAGCUGUAUGGUUAUAGCACACUAGAUUUAAACGGCGACUUUUUCCGCAAUAUGCGAUAAAAUAUGUUCUAAGUUAUCUAAUAAGUUAUGUAAAUAAAAUUUUGUGGUCACGAAA